CGAGUCGAUCUCGACUCUCAACAAAUCAGAUAGCUCUUUUAACUGUCAGACUCACUAUAUAUAUCACUCUCUUAUGCUAAGGAAUGGAUGAGUGUUUGGGGGAUAUCUCUCUCUUAGAAGAGGGUGGGAGUUUGAGAGUUGCUGCUCAACAAGGAAACAUUGAUGUCUUGUACAACUUGAUACGGAAGGAUGCAAAAGUUUUGGAUAGGAUCGACGACGUUCCAUUUGUUGAGACUCCUUUACACACAGCUGUACGUGCAGGACACACCCCGUUUGCCAUGGAGAUCAUGAGCUUAAAGCCCUCGUUUGCUAGGAAGCCUAACCAAGAUGGUUUUACCCCUGUUCACCUUGCUUUGCAAAAGCAUGCUUUUGAAAAUGACCGUGUUUUGCAAAAGAAACAAACCAUAGUACUGGUUAACCGACUACUUAAUGCUGAUAAGGACCUUGUCCGUGUCCGAGGAAAGGAGGGUGUGACUCCUUUGCAUUACGUAACUGAAAAAGGAGACCUCUAUUUUUUGGAAAAAAUUUUAAAACUCUGCCCCGAGUCUGUUGAAGAUGUGACAUUUCGAGGAGAGAAUGUGCUGCAUAUAGCCCUGAAGAAUGACAUGCUCAAAGCUUUUUGGUACCUGUUAAAAUGGGUUCAGGGGGCUUGUUUUAAAGAUGCCAAAUUGUUAGAGAAGAAACUGCUGGAUUGCACGGAUGAUGAAGGCAACACUCUGUUGCACGUUGCAGUAACCAGAAAUCAACCGAAGGUAGUGAAGUGGAUACUGAAUCAUGAAUCAAUAGUGUUGAGGUUACUGAAUAUGGGAUCAGAACAUAGAAAGAAUUUGGAGGGUUAUACCGUGUUUGACAUCUUGGAACACCAAAAGUCAACACAUGUGGACAACCAACGGAUCAGAGAUAUGCUACGACAACGUUGUAUCAGGCGUUGUACAACUAGAUUUGAACAUUACUUAAGAUCUUCUUUCACAUUUUUUAUGAAGUUUUACGUCGGAAUACGUCGUCGGCAAACAGUUAUAACAGAGGAUAGGCGGAAUGCGCUGUUGGUUGUUGCUGGACUGCUAAUAACGGUCACCUACCCAGUAGCGCUCAGCCCUGAUCAACCCAACUUGUUCAACUGCACAGUCGCGAAUCCGUUCAACGGUACCGGUGUCAAUCACUUUAACUGCACAGUCCGGUUCGACCCUAGCAGUGAAGUUAAUCCAUCUCGAGACCAAUAUUCCACUAUCUUUUACGGUUUAAAUACUGCCGUCUUUUACCUAACAAACAUUACACUUUUCUUCCUCGUCCCGACUGAUUUUCUUGGAUGGUUGCUCACCCUACUCGUUGGACUCCUCUUUCUUUGCUAUUGCUUUUCAACUCCGUUAUUAUCCAACGCUCGUAUUAUAGCUUGGUUUGGUUUCUUUGGUGGAUAUUUCGUGUUUCUUCCACUUCUUUUGUGGUUCAGGAUGGUUUCGGAAUCACUCAAGUCUUUUUCUUCCAAUAUGGGUGACAAUGAUGCUCAUCCCCCAACACAUAUAUAAUUAAGUAUGUCUGCCACCGCCGCCGAUCUUCUCUUUCUUACUCACCCGCCAUCCUUUUCCUCUAAUUAUUCCACGUUGCUUUAAUUUCUUUCUACACUUCUAAAGUCGUGUGAGCUAUUCCAUAUCCUAAUUAAUUGUGAGAAUGUUUUUUUUUUUUUUUUCCUUUUUGUUUUCUCUACUCGUACUUGUGUUUUGUAUUAGCUAGUAAGCUUAAAUAUAUGAAUG